AUGGAACCCGACAAACCGCCGGCAGAAACCUCCGACGACCUAAAACAACAACAAAGUACAACCCACACACAAAGAUCAUACGAGUGCAAUUUUUGCAAAAGAGGAUUUACUAAUGCACAAGCACUAGGGGGCCAUAUGAACAUCCACCGUAAGGACAAAAACAAGCUCAAACACUCCUCCUCCUCCUCCACCACCACACAAGCGGAAUCGCGCUCUCCCACCCGCUCACAACCAAGCCCCAUCACCGCCACUACCGCGGCCACUAAUCCUUUUUCACUCUCUCAUCAAGGGAAUUGGUUUUCUUCCACUCCCCAAGAUGAAAUGAAGCCACUACACCUUUUCGACUACCACGACACCACCACGGUUCCACCACACAUUCAUCAACUGGAAAACCCUCCAUUGCAAGAUGGGGAUGUAGACCUUGAGCUGAGAUUGGGACAUGUUGAACCACCCCAGGAAACUAUGUCGGAGAACAAUAUUAUUACCACCAGAAAGUUCUUUUGA